AAUCAUCUUCCCUCCUGCCAAGCAGCACAGCUCCACCCUCUUACCCUGAGCUGAGCAACACAAUUCUCAGGCAGGCAGGCUACAUCCCUCACCUCACCUCACCAGCGACCGUCUCCACGACGUGCGGCGGUGGGCGGGGAGACGGCCGCCGGUGACGAGAGGACCGAUGCUCGUGGCCCUCAGCGCGGCGCGGUGGGUGGUGGGCAAGGCGCUGGCCCCUGUAGCCGAUGGCUUGCUGGAGGCUUGGGAUGCCAGCAAGCGCCUGGGUCUCAACAUCGAGGCCCUGAGGACGGAGCUGCUGCUCGUGCAGGCCACCCUCGAAGCCGCCAGCCGCAAGCAGAUCGACGGCCCGGCCUUGGAGGAGCUGCUGGGGAAGCUGCGGCACUCGGCGCACUCCGCUGAGGACUUGCUGGACGAGCUGGACUACUUCCGCAUCCACGACGAGCUCCACAACACGUACGACGCCGCCGACCAGCAUGCCAAGGGAUGCCUCCAUGACCUUGCCCUCAACGCUCGUCACACCGCCAAAGCUGUGCUUGGUUUAUCUGCGUGCUCGUCUGCUGCCUGUUGUCCCAAUGAACCCGGAGAAGUGGAAGAUGCCAGACAACAACAGGCCAGCUGUUGCACUUGGCCACGUGGUAGGCAGAGGUCUCGCGGCGAUUCCUCCUCGACACCAAACACCAAUCAGGUUGAUGAGGACGGCGGGUGCAUGCUCAAGCUCGGUAAACUCCUCCCUUGCUCAUAUUUGCGGCGUGUUCGUGAUGAUCAUUCUGGCCAGCCAACUCACUCUGGCGCGCCACGGAGAGCAGCACCAAUGCUGGGGUUUAAUAGGGUUGAUGUCUCUGAAAGAAUGAAGCGUGUCAUAGAGCAAUUGCAGCCUGUGCGUACGGAGGUUGCCAAGGUUCUGCAGAGUUGUGGCCGUACGAUUGUCCCAGAUAUUGCCAAGAGUCGUCCCAUCACCACCGGUCAGAGCAUAGAGCCAAAACUGUAUGGGAGGGUCCAUAUCAUGAAUGGCAUCAUACAUGAUAUGACCAAGGGUAGAUACCAUAGCAAGGAUCUAACUGUGCUUCCGAUUGUCGGUCCAGGGGGGAUAGGGAAGACAACUCUGAUACAACACAUAUAUAGAAACCAACAGGUUAGAAAUCAUUUUCAAGUUGUUAUUUGGGUGUGCGUGUCACUCAAAUUCAAUUUGAAUAAACUUUUGGAAGAGAUCGAAACAUAUAUCCCUCGUGUUGAAGGGGAAAAAUAUGGCAGGGUGGAAGAGCUGAUUGAGCAGAGAUUAAGAUCUAAAAGGUUUUUGCUUGUACUGGAUGAUAUAUGGGAGUUUAGUGACGAGGAUGAUUGGAAAAGGUUAUUGCUGCCACUCAAAACAUCACAAGAAAAAGGUAGCAUGAUCCUACUCACAACUCGGUUUCCAAUAAUAGCAAAGAUGGUUAAAACAACUGAUUAUAUAGAGUUGGAGGGAUUAGAAUCCGAACAAUUUAGGAAGUUAUUCCUUAGAUUUAUCUUUGGUGAUGAGCCCUUUAGAAGUGAUCAUAAUUUUUUGCUCGAUACCGGAGAUAAGAUAAUGGAAAAACUAAAGGGCUCCCCUCUUGCUGCAAAAACUGUUGGUACAUUACUGAGAAAGUGCCUUAAUUUGCGUCAUUGGAGAAGGGUUUUAGAAAGUAAAGAAUGGGAGAGACAAACCGGUGCCAAUGACAUUAUGCCUGCCCUGAAGCUUAGCUAUGACUAUCUUUCUUUCCAUCAACAACAAUGUUUCUUCUAUUCUGCACUAUUUCCAGAAGAUCAUGAGUAUAGUACCACUGAGCUAAUCAAUUUGUGGAUAGGACUAGAUAUUUUACAACCUGGUGUGCAGAAUCAAACAUUGGAAGGUGUAGGUUUAAUGAAUUUAAAUGAUCUGGUCACACAUGGAUUUUUCAAAGAAGAGGAAACUAAUGGUCGUGUGCGUUAUGUAAUGCAUGACCUGCUACAUGAUUUAGCACUAAAGGUUGGGUCUCAUGAAUGUCUUACUGUACAUCAGUCUAAUGUGGGGUCAGUAGAAAUUAAGCCAUCUAUUCGUCACUUGUCUAUAAUCAUUGAUGAUGAUCAUACAAUGUGUGAUGAAAACUUUAAGAGCCAAUUGAGAAAGCUGAAGACAAGAUUGAAGGUUAGAGAAUUGCAUACUUUGAUGUUAUUUGGAGAAAUGGACGAAAGCUUUUCCCACAUUUUGAAUGAUUUGUUUAAGGAAGCUAAUGCCCUUCGCUUUAUCCGUUUGGUUGACAUGUCGUCUUCUGUGAAGUUCAUAUUACCUAACAAUUCAGCACUUGUCCACCUACGGUACCUAUGUUUGGGGACAAAGUAUAUGAGGGAGAUACCACUUGCCAUUUCCAAAUUUUAUCAUUUAAGGAUUCUAGAUCUUGGAUGGUGGCAUGGCUGUUGCGAUGUGCCAAAAGACUUGAGCAACCUUGCAAAAUUGCGUCAUUUUUAUACCCCAAGUGAUGAGCUUCAUUCUCAUAUUUAUAAUGUGGGGAAACUUACACUCUUAGAAGAGUUGAAGGUAUUUAAAGUCAAUAAAGAAAGUGAAGGAUUUGAACCAAAGCAACUUGAGCAUUUGACGGAACUAAGGGAACUUGGCAUGUAUAACCUUGAGAAUAUACACACGAAAGAAGAAGCAACCAAAGCAAAAUUGAUUGAAAAAAAUUACUUGGAGAGGUUAACCUUAGAUUGGGAUACUGAGCGGUCUAAUAGCAAGCCUGAUGUGGAAGAGGUGGUUCUUGAGAGCCUUCAACCACAUAGAUAUCUUCAAGAGUUGUCUAUUAGAGGGCAUGGAGGCCCUUCCUGUCCAACAUGGCUAGGUGAUAAGCUCACGGUUGAAGGUCUUCAAUCUCUUCAUCUCAUCGGUGUUUCUUGGCAAUGUCUCCCUUCUUUUGGGAAGAUGUGGGAUCUUCGUACAUUAAUAUUGAAGCAUAUUGCUGCAACAAAGGAGUUUGUUAUAGAGCAAACCUUUUGUGGGCUAAGAAGGCUUGAACUUGUUGGACUGGCAAACUUUGAGAAAUGGGUACCAUCACAGGAUGCUCAUCAUGUGUUUCCUCUUUUGCAAGUACUGAUUAUUAGAGACUGCCCUAAACUCUUGGAGUUGCCAUUUUCAAACCACAUUGUUGAUCAAGAUUGGAGCAUUGAUUGGUUUCCCAAAUUGCAAGAGCUUCAGAUAGAGAACUGUCCGGAAUUCUUGUUAGUGGCUCAUAUCCCUUGGACUGAAACUCUCCAUUCUGUAAAAAUACGAAGCGUAAAACUACUAGAGAAGUUUGAGUACUCAAAAUCAUCCUACAGAGCAGGAUUGGAGAUUGUUGGAAAGGGUGAUCUACAGAUGUUAGAUCAGGUGUUAGCAUUCAAUAACCUGACAGGUCUUGAGCAGCUGAUGCUAUCCACUGGCUCGUUUUCCUCCCCUUGCUGCUUCAUUUUCCCGCCCUCUCUGCAAUACCUUAUUAUUUCCGGUGUGGAAGGUAUGGGGACACUGGAGCCGCUCUCAAACCUCACCUCUCUCACCCGAUUAGUAUUGGAGAACUGUGGAGAGGAUCAAAGCUGCAAGGGCCUGGGACCUCUCCUUGCCGUCGGGGGACAGCUCAGAGAAUUACUCAUCUAUGGCAGCCCUAGAUUCUUUGUUGGAUGGGAUCCCAAUCCCAGGCAGGUGCUGCAGGAUGGAGGAGGAGAAGAGCAUGAGCUGCUUGUUUCCACCCCAAAUUCAUCAAAACUGCAGGAGCUUUGUACGGAUGAGGCCAUGGGACUCCUUGUUGUGCCCAUCUGUAGCUUCCUGUCUUCCUCCCUCACCCGCCUGCAUCUCUAUGGAAACCAAAAGAUGAAGUGCUUCACCAAGGAGCAAGAGGGCGCCCUUCACCUCCUCGCAUCCCUCCAGGAGCUCGAGUUUUCGAUGUUCGACAAGCUUCAGAGCCUCCCUGCAGGGCUGCACAAGCUGACCAGCCUCAGACGAUUAGAGGUCCGCUCAUGUCCGUGCGUCCGGUCGCUGCCCGAGGAUGGCCUCCCCGAAUUACUGCAACAGUUAGAUGUCUGGCUCUGCAACAAUGAGGAGCUAAAACAGCAGUGCAGGGGGUUAGCGGGAACCAUCCCAAAAAUCAAUUAGGCUGAUCCAAGGCAUUUGCCUUGGUCCUUGUCCAUUCUUCUAGCCUUGUGGAGCAUAGAGACGUACUUGCAUGUCAUGCCGACCUUGUGGUCACCUUCUUCCUCUUCCUAUACAUAAAUCUGGUAAGUGCAUAAUAUAUAUAAACUGGAGCCUUUACUCCGGUACAGUGUAAAUCAUAUCAACUUCCACUUAUACUGGUCACCAGAAAACAAACUUCCAUUUAUGUUCCUGCAAUAUCACAUUUCCAUUUUUUUCAUAACAGUAGUGAAAAUAGUUCUACUAAAGCAUUAUUUGAGAUAUGUUUCUCCACACCCUAUGACUUCUCACAAGUCUUGGCUGCAUGCAUCAUUCUGAUGCAGAAGCCAGGGGUGACCCUCCUUUUUCAAAAAAAAAAGAAUGUCUUCUCACAAGUUGUGAAAACAUCCAUAAUUAUCAGCUAGUGCUUUCUGAGUGUUUCUAUUUUUUUUUACCUAAAUGAAAAUCACAAAACCUGCGAUGCAAUCACCAUCUAUUUUGUUUCUCUAUGCAGGUCCUAGUUCGUGUUAGGACCAAAGUUUUGCAUUCAUAUUUGGGUUCUUUUUGUUUAUAUAUCGAUGCCUGGUAGUCUACUCGGCUAGUUUGGGUGUCGGGAUCAUCAUAUCAUGGAAUAAGUACGGAAUAAAUGAGACUAUUGGAUCAUUCUACUGAUAUUGAGGUUAGCCAUUUAUUCACACACUGGUAAGUACGGUAUCGGCCACUUCACGUUUAAGGCAAUGUAGUGCAUUUUAUCAGUUAUGAUGAGUCGAUACUAAGGGCCUGUUUGGUUCAUAAGUCCUAGGACUUUUUUUAGUCCCAACUUAUAAGUCUCAAGUCCCUAAAAAGUCCCUACCUGUUUGAUUUCUGGGACUUAACAUGGACUUAUAGACCAUAUUACAACUAUAAGUCCCUAUAAGACUCUCCUUGAAAGUCUUAUUUCAUAAGUCUCAAAUGCCCACUUUAAGUCCUUAUAAGUCCCUCCUGUUUGAUUUAGAUGGGUCUUAAAGGGACCUUUUUAAGUCCCUAUAACCAAACACCCCCUAAAUUAGGAUGUCACUAAAUUCCGACUUGCUGCACAAUGUAGUGCUCGGUUUAGUCGGUCUUGUACCACUACAUACAGGACAGCCAUGCACAUACGUAGAAUGGUGCUGGAGGCGUGGUGGUGGAGGAUGAAGGGGACUUCCGACCGUGAGAUGGUACUUGUAUGGAUCUAGUCAUCCCUUAGCAGUACAUAGUACUUACCUUUUUUUUUCCUUCCUUCUUUCGAACAAGGGGUAAACGAACAGCAAAGGGAUUUUCUAUCAUUUCUCUUCCUCAUUUAUUCCUCUGUUUCUCCUGAACGAUGGUUGGAAAUGACGAUCCCACACACACAGAUAGAGAUUCACCAUACUUUUUUAUUGGUAGCCACUUCCUCCAUUCCAAAAUAGAUGAUUCAACUUUUUACUAACUUUAUAUCUAUUUUGCAACAGAGGGAGUAGUAAGUACUUGUAUGUAUCUAACUUUAUAUCUAUACGCGCAACCCAGAGAAGGAAAUACUUGAUGAACAAUACUUUUCCCUCAGGAUCGGAAGAUGGUGGCAUUCCGGUUCCGGUGUAAUGCUCCUCCUUGGGCCGGGGUAUUGUCCUUGGAAUGGACACCGGUUGGAGGGAGCAGUGGAUGUCUGGGGUGACGGGGUUGUCAUGUCGGUGGUGUUGUAAGACUUUUUUUUUGCGGGGAAAGUGUUGUAAGACUUCUGAGGCAACAACAACAACAACAACGAUGAGCGAUGUUGGGGGUCACAAUAUAGGCCAAGGUAGUCAACUCUUUUUUGACGUGCCCAUUGGUUUGUCUAAGAUUAUGUGUUGUUGUGAAGUUGGAGUUGUGGCGGCAGACGCCGGAUAGCGGCGUUGAUGAUGGGGCAGUAGGUGUCUGCAGAGGCCGGGUAUAUACUCAUGGUCUUCUGCAUCCUCUUGAUGCUUCAUUACAAGUUAAUAAAAAUGGAUUUUUUUUUAUUUUUAAAAAAUGGCAUAUUCGAUGAUAUCCAUGACACCGGUCUUGCAUAUUUUCACUUCAUUGAUUCGGUCCAGCCACAGCACACCGCGGAGAGGUUUGUUUGGUUCUAGCCGGACUGGACCGCCUGCCCGCUGAGCCGAACCCGGACGGACGCUCUGGUCCGACCCGACUCCGACCCAGACAGACACCUCGGCCCCGAACCCCCGACGCGUCUCGCUUCCUCUUCCUUUCUUUCUUGAGGCCAAAGCCGCAGACAGCACGCACGCACAGCCCACCGUCGCCGCUCCAAAUCUCGCCCGC